UGCGCCUUCCAGGAGAGGACCGGACCCCCCAGGAGCCAGCCGGGGAGCGGGCACCCGCAGGAUCCACAGCUCUCAUCCUCUCCUUUCCCCUUUCCUCGCCCCCUUCCCCAUCUCCUGCCCCUCUCCCUGCUCGGGGAGGCGUCUCACAUCCCAGCAGGGGCUGCUGGAAGGGACCCCGGCCGCCGGGGCCACCGAACUUGGUGGUCACUUGCCUCCCGCUGAGGGCGUCGCUCCCUCCCCGCGCCGGCUCGAAGAUGCUCGGGGGUCCGGGCCCCGGGCCGCUGCUGCCACUGCUGCUGACUUGCCUGUGCCUGGGCACCGCGGUGCCCCGCACCGGAGCCCUGAAGAUCAAGAGGCAGGCUCAGCAAAUCGUUCAGCCGCAGUACCCCCUGCCCGUGGGGCAAAACAAGCUUGGUUGUUUCGAUAAUGGGAAGCAUUACCAGAUAAACCAACAAUGGGAGCGCACUUACCUGGGUAAUACCUUGGUGUGUACCUGUUAUGGAGGGAGCCGAGGCUUUAACUGCGAGAGUAAACCUGAAGCUGAAGAGACUUGCUUUGACAAGUACACUGGAAACACUUACCGGGUGGGUGACACUUACGAGCGCCCUAAAGACAGCAUGAUCUGGGACUGUACUUGCAUCGGGGCCGGGCGAGGGAGAAUAAGCUGCACCAUCGCAAACCGCUGCCAUGAAGGGGGUCAGUCCUACAAAAUAGGUGACACCUGGAGGAGACCCCAUGAGACUGGUGGUUACAUGUUAGAAUGUGUGUGUCUCGGGAAUGGGAAAGGAGAAUGGACCUGCAAGCCUAUAGCUGAGAAGUGUUUUGAUCACGCUGCUGGAACUUCCUAUUCUGUUGGGGAGACCUGGGAAAAGCCCUACCAAGGCUGGAUGAUGGUGGACUGCACCUGUCUGGGAGAAGGCAGUGGGAGAAUCACCUGUAGUUCAAGAAAUCGCUGCAAUGACCAGGACAGUAGGAAGUCCUAUCGAAUUGGAGAUACUUGGACCAAGAGGGACGAUCGAGGGAACGAGCUGCAGUGUAUCUGUACGGGCAAUGGCAGAGGGGAAUGGAAAUGUGAAAGGCACACCUCUAUGCAAACCAUAUCAUCAAGAGGAAGUUCUUCCACAGAAAACGUCCAUCAGACCAUUUACCAGCCAAUUCCUGCCCCUGAACCAGUUCCAUUUGGGCAGUGUGUCUCUGACAGUGGUGUGACUUAUAUAACGGGCAUGCAGUGGCUGAAGACACAAGGAAACACCCAGAUGCUUUGCACUUGCUUGGGCAAUGGAGUCAGCUGUGAGGAGACAGCUGAAACCCAAACUUAUGGAGGAAAUUCAAAUGGGGAACCAUGUGUCUUGCCAUUCACCUACAACGGCCGGACUUUUUACUCCUGCACCACGGAAGGACGACAAGAUGGACAUCCCUGGUGCAGCACAACUUCCAAUUAUGAAGCCGACCAGAGAUACUCUUUUUGUUCAGACCAAAAUGUUUUGGUUCAGACUCGAGGUGGAAAUUCCAACGGUGCCUUAUGCCACUUCCCCUUCUUAUACAACAAUUACAACUACACUGAUUGCACUUCUGAGGGUAGGAAAGACAACAUGAAGUGGUGUGGAACCACAAUGAACUAUGAUGCGGACCAGAAGUUUGGAUUCUGCCCCAUGGCUGCUCAUGAGGAAGUCUGUACGACCAGCGAAGGGGUGAUGUAUCGCGUUGGAGACCAGUGGGACAAACAGCAUGAGCUGGGUCACAUGAUGCGGUGCUCAUGCAUUGGGAAUGGUCGCGGGGAAUGGACCUGUGUUGCCUACUCCCAGCUCCGAGAUCAGUGCAUCGUCGACGACGUCACCUAUAAUGUAAAUGAAACAUUCAAUAAACGUCAUGAAGAGGGACAUAUGCUGAAUUGUACCUGCUUUGGCCAGGGUCGUGGAAGGUGGAAGUGUGACCCUCUCGACCAAUGCCAGGAUUCAGAUACCCGAACAUUUUAUCAAAUUGGAGAAACCUGGGAGAAAAACGUGCACGGAGCAAAAUACCAGUGCUACUGCUAUGGGCGUGGCAUUGGAGAGUGGCACUGCCAACCUUUACAGACCUACCCAGGUACACCUGGUCCUGUCCAAAUAACCAUCAUUGGGACCCCAACUCAGCCCAACAGUCACCCCAUCCAGUGGAAUACACCAGAAUCAUCUCAUGUUACCAAGUACAUUCUUAGAUGGAAACCUAAAAAUACUCGUGGUCGUUGGAAGGAAGCCAUCAUCCCCGGCCACCUCAACUCAUACACCAUCACAGGCCUGAAGCCAGGGCUCGUCUACGAGGGCCAGCUCAUCAGCAUCCAGCAGUAUGGCCAGAGAGAGUUGACGCGCUUCGACUUCACCACCUCGGGCACCGGCAGCAGCCCGAACGUCAACCAAAACACAGUGUCCGGCGAGAAUGCGCCUGUGCCUCCCGUGGUGGACACAUCCGAGUCAGUGACGGAAAUCACAACCAACAGCUUUGUGGUCUCAUGGGUGUCGGCUUCAGACACGGUGUCAGGAUUCCGAGUGGAAUAUGAGCUGAGCGAGGACGGCGCCAAACCCCGCUACCUGGAUCUUCCAAGCACAGCUUCCUCUGUGAACAUCGUUGACCUGCUUCCUGGCCGAAAAUACAUUGUCAAUGUCUAUGAGAUAACAGAAGAUGGAGAUAAGAAUUUGAUCCUGUCCACGUCACAGACAACAGCACCAGAUGCGCCGCCGAACCCUACUGUGGACAAAGUGGGUAACACCUCGAUUGUUAUUAGGUGGAGCAGACCACAGGCACCCAUCACAGGAUACAGAGUCAUCUAUUCCUCCCCAAUUGAAGGCAGUAGCACGGAACUCAACCUUCCUGAAAGUGCCACCUCAGUCACACUCAGCGAUCUGGAGCCCGGGAUGACGUAUAACAUCACUAUCUACGCGGUAGAAGAAAACCAAGAGAGUUCCCCUGCCAUCAUCCAGCAGGAAACCACGGGCGUCCCACGCACAAGUGCACUUCAGCCACCCCAUGAUCUGCAAUUUCUGGAAGUGACAGAUGUGAAGGUCUUCAUCAUGUGGAUGCCCCCGGAGAGUUUAGUGAACGGAUACCGUGUGGAGGUGAUCCCCGUCAACCUGCCGGGCGAGCAGGGACAGAAUCUGCCCAUCAGCAAAAACGUUUUUGCCGAGAUCACAGGACUCACCCCAGGCACCACCUAUCAGUUCCGAGUCUUUGCCGUCUACCAGGAGAAAGAGAGCAAGCCCCUGGUGGGCGAGAAGACGACCGAAGUGGAUGCUCCCACAGACCUCGAGUUCAACAGUAAAGAUGACUCUACAGUCACAGUGAGCUGGACACCCCCUCGAGCUCAGAUUACUGGGUACCAGAUGACCACAGACUCAACGCGAGGAAGCCAGCCCAAGCAUUAUGACAUAGAGCCCUCUGCCAAGCAGUACGUGCUCAAGGAUCUUAAGCCAGGAGACGAAUACACCGUCAGCCUCGUGGCUAUAAAAGGCAACCAGCAGAGUCCUAAAGCUACCGGCUUCUUCACUGCUCCGCAGUCUCUGGGCUCCGCUCCACCUUUCAACACCGAAGUCUCUGAAACCGUCAUCAUGAUUACAUGGACGCCUGCUCCAAGGAUUGGUUUUAAGCUGGGUGUACGGCCAAGCCAGGGAGGAGAAUUGAUACACGAAAUGACUUCCGAAUCUGGCAGCGUCGCCGUGACUGGUCUGACUCCAGGCGUGGAAUACACUUACAUUGUCACACCCCUGAAAGAUGGAAAAGAGACACAUAGUCCAAUUGUCAAUACAGUAACGACUCCAUUGUCUCCACCCUCAAACAUACACCUGGAGUCCAACCCUGACACUGGCGUACUUACGGUCUCCUGGGAGAGGAGCACCACCCCAGAUAUUACUGGUUAUAGAAUUACCUCUGUUCCUACAAGUGACCAGGAGGGAUAUUCUUUGGAAGAAAUGGUAAAUGCAGAUCAGAGUUACUGCACCUUUGAAAACCUGAGUCCUGGCUUGGAGUACAAUGUCAGUGUUUACACUGUCAAGAAUGGCAAGGAAAGUGUCCCUAUAUCUGAUACCAUCAUCCCAGAGGUGCCCCAGCUCACUGACUUAAGCUUUGUUGAUAUAACCGAUUCAAGCAUCGGCCUGAGGUGGACCCCGCUAAACUCUUCCACCAUUAUUGGGUACCGCAUCACAGUAGUUGCGGCAGGAGAAGGGAUCCCUAUUUUUGAAGAUUUUGUGGACUCCUCAGUAGGAUACUACACAGUUACAGGGCUGGAGCCGGGCAUUGACUAUGACAUCAGCGUUAUCACUCUCAUUAAUGGCGGAGAGAGUGCCCCUACUACACUGACACAACAAACGGCUAUACCUCCUCCCACGGACUUGAGAUUCACCAAUAUUGGUCCUGACACUAUGCGUGUCACGUGGGCCCCACCUUCAUCCAUUGAUUUGACAAGCUUCCUGGUGCGCUACUCACCUGUGAAAAAUGAGGACGAUGAGGCAGAGUUGACUGUUUCUCCUUCCAACAAUGCUGUGGUCUUAACAAAUCUCCUGCCUGGCACAGAAUAUCUAGUCAGUGUCUUCAGUGUUUAUGAAAACCAUGUGAGCACAGCUCUCAAAGGAAGACAGAAAACAGGUCUCGAUUCUGCAAGUGGCAUUGACUUUUCUGAUAUCACGGCCAAUUCCUUCACUGUCCACUGGAUUGCUCCCCGAGCUCCCAUCACUGGCUUCAUCAUUCGGCAUCAUCCUGAGCGCAGCACUGGAAGACCCCGAGAAGAUCGAGUGCCCUCUGCUCGCAAUUCCAUCACCCUCACCAACCUCCUUCCAGGCACAGAAUACAUCGUUAGCGUCAUUGCUCUUUAUGGCAGAGAGCAAAGUGCCCCCUUGGUUGGCCAACAGUCAACAGUUUCGGAUGUUCCAAGUGACCUGGGAGUUGUUGCCUCUACCCCCACCAGCCUGAUGAUCAAUUGGGACGCACCGCCUGUCACCGUGAGAUACUACAGGAUCACUUACGGAGAAACAGGUGGAAGUAGCCCUGUUCAGGAGUUCACUGUGCCUGGGACCAAGAAUACAGCGACCAUCAAUGGCCUUAAACCCGGAGUGGAAUACACCAUCACUGUUUAUGCUGUUACUGGCCGUGGUGACAGCCCCGCCAGCAGCAAGCCAAUUACUAUAAAUUACCAAACAGACAUUGACAAGCCAUCUAAGAUGCAAGUGGUCAAUGUUCAUGACACCACAAUUACUAUCAAAUGGUUACCUUCAAGUUCCCCUGGCACAAAAUACAGAGUGACGGUUGAGCCGAAAAAUGGCUCAGGACCUGUGAAAACCUUAAACACAGAUCAGACAGAAAUUACUGUUGAUGGCUUGCAGCCCGCAGUCGAAUAUGUGAUUAAUGUCUAUGCACAGGGUCGGAAUGGAGAGAGCCAGCCCCUGGUUGAGACUGCAGUGACCAAAAUUGAUCGCCCCAAAGGACUGACAUUCACUGAUGUGGAUGUCGAUUCCAUCAAAAUUGCUUGGGAAAGCCCACAGGGGCAAGUUUCCAGGUACAGGGUGACCUACUCGAGCCCUGAGGAUGGAAUCCAUGAGCUAACCCCUGCACCUGAUGGUGAAGAAGACACUGCAGAGCUGCGAGGCCUCAGACCGGGUUCUGAGUACACAAUCAGUGUGGUUGCCUUGCACGAUGAUAUGGAGAGCCAGCCCCUGAUUGGAACCCAGUCCACAGCUAUUCCUGCACCAACCAACCUGAGGUUCUCUCAGGUUACACCCACGAGCCUGACUGCCCAGUGGACCCCACCUGACAUUAAACUCACCGGAUACCGCGUGCUAGUGACUCCCAAGGAGAAAACUGGACCAGUGAAAGAAAUCAACCUUGCUCCUCAGAGCUCCUCUGUGGUCGUAUCAGGACUCAUGGAGGGCACCAAAUACGAAGUGAGUGUUUAUGCUCUUAAGGACACUUUGACAAGCAGACCAGCUCAGGGAGCUGUCACUACUGUAGAGAAUAUCAGCCCUCCCAGAAGGGCCCGUGUGACAGAUGCCACUGAGACCACUAUCACCAUUAGCUGGAGAACCAAGACCGAGACCAUCACUGGCUUCCAGGUGGAAGCUGUCCCAACAAAUGGCCAGAGUCCAAUUCGGAGAAACAUCAGCCCAGUUGUUAGAACUUACACCAUCACAGGUUUACAGCCUGGCACUGACUACAAGAUCUACCUGUAUGCCCUGAAUGAGAACUCCCAGAGCUCCCCUGUGGUCUUUGAUGCCUCCACUGCCAUCGAUGCCCCAUCCAACUUGCAUUUCCUGGCCACCACAACCAACUCCCUGCUGCUGUCUUGGCAGCCACCAGAGGCCAAGAUUACCGGCUACAUUAUCAAGUACGAGAAACCUGGCUCAGCGCCCAGAGAAGUGUUCCCUCGCCCCCGGCCUGGAGUCACAGAGGCGACUAUUACUGGUCUGGAACCAGGAACAGAGUACACAAUUCAUGUGAUAGCCCUCAGGAACAACCAGAAGAGUGAGCCUCUGAUUGGAAGGAAGAGGACAGAUGAGCUUCCCCAACUGGUAACCCUUCCACACCCCAAUCAUCACGGACCAGAGAUUUUGGAUGUUCCUUCCACAGUUCAAAAAGCUCCUGUGAACCGUAGGCCUGGGCAUAACAAUGGAGAUGGUAUUCAGCUUCCUGGCACUUCUGACCAACCCAACCACAUUGAACAGCAAAGUCUGUUGGAGGAGCAUGGUUCUAGGCAAAGAAUGCCCCCCACCAUGGCCACCCCUCAGAGGAACAGGCCAAGACCCUAUCCACCUAGUGUAGAUCAUGUACCUGGGAUAGGCGGAGACCAGCACCGCAUCCAACCUGAUCUUGUUGGACACAACCAGAAUGCCUCUUUUGGACAUGAAGCUCUCUCUCAGACAACCCUCGCCUGGCCCCCGUCCGUUGGUACCUCCGAAUAUAUUAUUUCGUGCCAUCCUGUUGGUAAUGAUGAAGAGUCCCUCCAGUUCCGAGUUCCUGGAACUUCUACUAGUGCCACCCUGACGGGCCUUACCAGAGGGGCCACCUACAACAUCCUAGUGGAGGCUGUGCAAGGCCAGAGGAAGCACAGGGUCCGAGAGGAGACUAUUACCGUGGGCAACAAUGUAGAACAAAGGCAACCUGAACUGACGGAAGACUCAUGCUUUGACCCCUACAGCGUUACCUAUUAUGCCAUUGGAGAGGAAUGGGAGCGAACGUCUGAAUCUGGCUUUAAGCUCUCGUGCCAGUGCUUAGGCUUUGGCAGUGGUCAUUUCAGAUGUGACUCAUCUAAAUGGUGCUAUGACAAUGGUAUUAACUACAAAAUCGGAGAGAAGUGGGAUCGCACUGGAGAAAAUGGCCAGAAGAUGACCUGCACUUGUCUUGGAAAUGGAAAAGGAGAAUUCAAGUGUGAUCCUGAUGAGACAACCUGUUAUGAUGACGGGAAGGUAUACUACAUAAAAGAACAGUGGCAGAAGGAAUAUCUCGGUGCCAUUUGCACCUGCACGUGCUUUGGAGGCAAACGGGGCUGGCGCUGUGACAACUGCCGCAGACCCGGGGUAAUUGACUCUGGCACCGAAGGCUCCCCCGGCUACUCUUCAAAUCGGUACUUGCCGCCGAGAUACGACCAGAACACCAACACUAAUGUCAACUGCCCGAUCGAGUGCUUCAUGCCUUUAGAUGUGCAGGCUGACAGAGAUGACUCCCGAGAGUAGGAUUUCCAACCCAGAGAAGCAAGCAAGGCUCUCUGGGCAAGACCCAUCCAAACUGGAGUGACAUUUAGCGGACCCCAGCUUAGAUGUUUGUUUCUUUCUUAUGCCCUAUGCUCUGGAGUAACUCCUCCAGCUUCAACUUGACUCACAGUUUCUCCAAGUAUCACCCUGGGAGUGUUUGAGGGGGCGGGCAGUCCAUGGCCGGUUUUGUUCUGAAGUCUUUCCGGACUGUUCAGUAUUUGCAGUGAAAGGAUUCGAACUUGGUAAAUAGGAGCGACAGGAAAACAGACGCCAUCCGUGAUGCAAAAUGAAUGAGAAUGGUAUUACCAAACUAAGUGGGAAAGUUAUCCAGACACUUCUGCUUCCUCUUGACUUUUUGGCCCGCACUAUUGUAGGAACAGCUUGUCUUUGUCACUGUGAUAUUUAAAAAAAAAAAAAUCCACAGUACUCACUUUUUCCAAAUGAUUCUAUUAAUUGCCUAGAAAUAUCUUUCUCUGACCUGUUAUUUAUCAAUUUUCCCAGUAUUUUUAUAUGGAAAAAAAUGUAUGGAAGACACUUGGUAUGCAGUGGGUAAGAGGAAUUUGGUAUAAUUAUGGUUGGUGAUUAUUUUUUAUACUGUACGUGCCAAAGCUUUACUACUGUGGAAAAACAACUGUUUAAUAAAAGAUUUACAUUCUACUACUUGGA